UGGUCGGUCAGCGGGAGCCCGGAGGGCCGUGACUACAGAGCGCGUGUGUUGGACCGGACCGGAGCGGAGCGGGGCUGUCAGGGGAGGUUGGAUGUGCUGAAUCUGCCUGUGUUGAGUGCUGAGGGACGAGUCAUGCCCUCCAGGUUGAUUAUAAGCACCAGUGGGAGGUCCCAGCUCCAAUGCACGCCCGUCAGCCUGAGAAUCCGUAAAUGAUAACCCGAGGGGUUCUGCAGAUGCUGGAGAUCUGACGAAGGGUCUCGGCCCUAAACGCCGACUGUUCCCCUUUCCUUCAUAGGUGCUGCCUGGCUGGCUGAGCUCUGCCAGCGGUUUGUGUGUGUUGCAGUAACGAGUGAUUCGGUUUACUGCCGUUGCAAGAGAAAAGAGACGUUAAUUACUGUUUCUCACAGGCCUGCUAAUCUGGAUAUAUAUUGAAACCGUUCAGCGGGAUGGCCCAGCAGGACAACAUUAAGCGCCUCCUCAGACUGACCCAGGAAGGGAACCGGGGGCUCCUUGAGGAAGAGGUGUCCAGGUGUGAGAGUGUCAGGACUGCCAUAGUUCAGGGACACUUUGGGCGCUCCGGUGACACGGCGGUUCAUUAUGCGGCCAGGCACGGGCAGCUGGACGUUCUGAAGUACCUGAUAGAGGAGCUUGGAGCUGACGUGGAACUCGUCAACGGCGAUUAUAAGCGAGCCUUGCAUGAAGCAGCUUCCAUGGGUCACAGAGAGUGUCUGAGGUACCUGAUUCUAAGAGGUGCCAAGAUUGACUCUUUGAAGAAGGCUGAUUGGACACCACUGAUGAUGGCUUGCACAAGAAGGAACCUGGAGGUGAUUAAGGAUCUGAUUGAUUCUGGAGCAAAUGUGACCUUGAAAAACAAGGAUGGUUGGAAUUGUUUCCAGAUCGCCUGCCGUGAGGGCAAUCCGGAAAUUAUCCAGUAUCUUCUCAAAGUCAGCCCAGGCAUCUGGGAUGUGGAGAGCAAGGUGAAGAGGACUCCCCUACACACUGCAGCUAUGCAUGGGUGCUCUGAGGUUGUGGACAUUCUUCUGGAAAGAUGUGGUUACGGAUCAGACGCCAAAGACAGCUGUGGUGUUACACCAUUCAUGGACGCUGUGCAGAACGGCCACGUUGGGAUUGCAAAGCUGUUGCUAAAGAAACACAGGGCCAAUAUCUCAGCCAAGGACGCAUUAGGAGCCCAGUCGCUGCAUCGAGCUGCAGUAACAGCACAGGACAAAGCCAUUCAGUUCCUGGUCACGGAACUUGGUGUGAACGUAAACGAGAGAGCCACGGAUCUGAACCUAACAGCCCUGCAUUACGCAGCCAAGGAAGGGCACAGAGGCACCAUAGAAACACUGCUCACAUUAGGAGCUGAUGUGCAUGCAAAGGAUUCCAAAGGUCGUUCUGCUUUACACAUGGCAUGUGCGGGCCAGCAUACCAAGUGUAUAAGGCAACUAGUAGAUGCUGGGCUGACUGAUUCUCCAGAUAACACAGGAAGGCUAGCAAGCCAACUGCUCAAGAAACCUGAAGCACUCAAGCUUCUGGAAGGUGUGACUGACAUUAAAUGAAAGAUAGUUAACCAACCUCAUUUGCGGUUAUUUCUUUCUACAAAAGAAAUGUAUCUACAAAUAAGAAAUUAUGGUUCAGGUAUCUAAAACCAUGCUCCUCAACCACAUUCACAGGUCUUACACAGCCUCUUACACAGGUCCUUCCAACAAUUCUAACUCUCCAACUCUCCUCUUCACCUGCUUCUCUGCUGCUUUUGUUUUGGUAGUUUCCUUCAUUGAAACGUACAAAGCAACAGGAUGGAUAAACAGAGGAUACGUUCACUGGGCUCUGCAUUCAGAAGUGAAUAAAAUAAGGGGUUAGGCCUUUGGAGAUGAAAAGAGUCAAUGAAUGUUGUUUACUUGGGUUUUCAGAGGCCUUUGACAGGGUGCCUCUCAUGAGGCUGCGGUACAAUAUAAGAGCCCAUGGUAUUACAGGAAAGAUAUUAGCAUGAAUAGAAAAUCAGCUGAUUGGCAGGAGGUAAAGAGUGGGAAUAAAGGGGGCCUUUUCUGGUUGAGCAUUGGUGGCCAGUGGGCUUCCACAGGGGGUUGGUAUUGGGACCAUUUCUUUUCUCAUCACAUGUCAAUGAUUUGGAUGAGAGUACAGAUGGCUUUGUGGACAAUACAAAGAUAGGUGGAGGAGCAGGUAGUGUUGAGGAAGCGGGGAGUCUGCAGAAGGACUUUGACAGAUUAGGACAAUGGGCAAAGAAGUGGCAAGUGGAAAAUAGGGUAGGGA